CAUGGUAUCAGCAGCCACACGAUCUAGGGCUUCUCUCACCUAAUCGUGCUUUCUUCUCUUCUUUUCUUCUCUCGUUUUUUGUUCUUCUUGUCUUCCUUCCUCUCCUUUGAUCUUCCUUCCUCUCCUUUGAUCUUCCUCUCCCUCUUCACGAGCUCUCUCUCUCCUCCUCCCAUAGCUGCCUUGUCCAACUCUUCCGGUUCUUCUGACAAAUCUUUCGGCAUAAGUCAGAUCCGUGCGUACAUCCCGAUUGUCCUUGAUAUGGACAAGAUGAAUUACGAUGUAUGGAGAGAGCUCUUCGAGACUCACUGCUUAACUUUCGGUGUUCUUGGUCAUCUCAACGGCACCUCCGCUCCCACUCCACCCACCGAAACAACUUGGAAAGAACGUGACGAUCUCGUCAAGAUGUGGAUCUAUGGUACUAUCACCGACUCUCUUGUGGAGACAAUCCUCAAGCCCAAGGCUACUGCCUGCGAACUCUGGAUGUCCUUGGAGAACCAGUUCCGUGACAACAAGGAGAACCGUGCACUGCAACUUGAGAACGACUUGCGUACUCUCACCAUUGGCGAUCUCUCCGUUCAUGAGUAUUGCCGUAAGUUGAAGUCUUUGUCUGAUCUUCUCGCCAACGUUGAUGCUCCUAUCUCUGAUCGUGCUCUUGUCAUGCACUGUCUCAAUGGCCUUAAUGACAAGUUUGACGGCAUUCACAAUGUCAUCCGCCAUCGCAACCCGUUCCCCACAUUUGCCAUCACUCGUUCCAUGCUUCAGGCGGAAGAAGAUCGUCUCAAACAGCAGCUUCGCACUACCGUAACCCAAACCUCCACCGCCUCCUCCCCUACUGUUCUCUACGCCGGUAAUACCUCCACCUCGACUUCUUCUCUUCAUCACAACAACAACGCCCGCGGACACAACCACAAACAUCGGGGUGGUCGUAGUGGUGGUCGUAGCACUCGUGGUGGUCGUGGUGGUGGUCGCUCCUACUACUCCGGUCCUCCUUCUGGCUCCUACCCCGGUUAUGGAUAUCCUCCGUGGCAUUACGGACCCCCGUAAUGGCCGUAUCCCUACUACGGUGGCGGAUAUCCUCCGGUCGCACCACCACCUUCCCAUGCUGUCUCUGCUCCUCGUCACAACAGCAUUCUUGGUCCCUACUCUCCACGUCCUCAACAUGAAGCUCACAUGGUUCAUGCUCCCAUCGCUCCCACCGUUCCUUCCACCAUGAUACCAACUGCUCUUGCUCAAGCGUUUAACACCAUGUCACUUCAAGACCCUGCAGAUGCAUCAUGGUACAUGGAUAGCGCUGCUACCGAGCAUAUCACCGGACAACCAGGAUCUUCCAACCAGGAUCCCAAUUCUCCGAUGUGACAGUACCGGUCCCCUCUACUCGGUGACACCAUCGACUUCCUCGCCUCCUCCGCUUGCUCUCACCACCGGUAGCUCACUUUGGCAUCGUCGUUUCGGUCAUCCGGGUAGCUCUGUUCAACGUUCUUUAAAUACUUUGGGUAGUUCUUUUAGUAAUAAGGCCGACAUGACGUCUUUGUGUCAUGCGUGUCGCUUGGGUAAACAUGUUCGUCUCCCUUUUCUCUAUUCUUCUACCACUGUUACUGAACCUUUUCAAAUUAUUCACUCUGAUAUUUGGACAUCUCCUGU